ACAUAGCCUUGCACCACUCUGCGAGUCGCAGUCUCAGCCCCUCCACCGGUAUUGGAACCCCUGUCCCGUCUUCUUUCCACACCCACAGCUAAAAUGCAGCUUUUCCCGCCGCCGGCAGCCGCGGCCGCGGUGUUCCUCUCUCUGGCGCUGUUGCUCCUGCCGUCGGCCACGGAGGCUUACAACAUUACCGCCAUUCUGGCCAAGUACAAGGAGUUCUCUACCUUCAACCACUACUUAUCACUCACCCACCUCGCCGCCGACAUCAACAGCCGCGACACAAUCACUGUCUGCGCCGUCGAUGACGCCGCCAUGGCAGAUCUGCUCGCCAAGCACCACUCAAUCUACACCAUUAAGAAUGUCCUCUCCCUCCAUGUGCUCCUGGACUACUACGGCGCGAAGAAGCUCCACCAGCUCACCAAUGGCACUGCGCUCGCCGCCACUAUGUUCCAAGCCACUGGCUCCGCUCCCGGCGCCGCCGGAUUCGUCAAUAUCACAGAUCUGAAAGGCGGAAAGGUCGGAUUCGGCCCUCAGGGCGACGGAGGAGCACUCCCCGCAACUUUCGUCAAGGCCGUUGAGGAGAUUCCUUACAACAUUUCCAUCAUUCAUAUCAGUAGUGUGCUGCCGUCGGCGGCGGCUGAAGCGCCGGCUCCCGAGCCGAGCAAGGCGAACAUCACUAAGCUAAUGUCGGCUCACGGCUGCAAAUUGUUCGCCGAUACGCUCUUGGGCUCCCCUGCUGAGAAGACAUUUGAGGACAACAUUGACGGCGGAUUAACGAUCUUCUGCCCCGGUGACGGCGCAAUGAAGAGUUUCAUGCCUAAAUUCAAAAAUUUAACCAAGGACCAGAAGGAAUCUCUGUUAGAGUAUCACGGCGUCCCCGUGUACCAACCGCUCAACUCACUUAGGUCAAAUAAUGGCGAUAUGAACACCCUGGCCACCGACGGAGCCGACAAUUUCCAGAUCACGGUUCAAAACGACGGCCAGGAUGUGACGCUGAAGACGAAGAUCGACAAGGCGACGGUCACCGGCACCUUAUCGGAUCAGCAACCGCUCGUCAUUUUAACGGUGGAUAAGGUCUUAAUGCCGAAGGAGCUCUUCAAGCCAGCCGCCGUCCCAACGCCUGCUCCGGCACCGGCGCCGGAAGCAGACGACGCAGAUUCUCCCGAGCCUGCUGGUAAGAAGCACAAGUCACAUAAAUCCAAGGCGGCGGACUCUCCGGCCGAUUCUCCGGACGGAGAUGUCGCUGAUCAGAAAGCGGAUGAUAACGGCGCAGUUGGUUUCACCGGUGGAAGAUUUAUUACCCUGGGGUUGAGUCUGUGGUUUGCAUUUUUACUGCUGUAAUUUUUUUUCUUUACUCUUUUUUUUUUUUUCUUUUUAAUUACUGAGUAUCUAUUUAGAGAGUUCAAAUAUUCAAAAAAUGCAAAAUAAGUGUGGCCUAUACGGCAAAAUUGUAAUCUUAGGAUAGGUAGCUUGUCUUCAUGCUUUUUGUGUGUUGCUUUUGCUUUUUUCUACUGUUUUUUUUUUCUUUCUUUUUUAAAUUUUGUGUAUUAAAUAUUUAUUUGAUUUGACUUUUGUAAUUGUAAAAGGGGUUUGUUGGUUUGUGAUUCACAUGAAGCAGUUCAUAUGCAUUGCUACUAGC